AUGGAUGGCGAUAUCAUCAUACGAGUGAGUUUCUAUAUCAACGAUGUACAUCGAUGCAUUGAAAAGUUACACCAAGAACAUCAGAAUGAAAAUACUACUGCACAAGUGCCCGCAGUGUGUCAUGACCAAGGUAUCUCCAAAUUAGAUUUUGACUACUUGCAGCAAAUCAGAGGUGGACUUCUUUCCUUCAACAGUUCCUUAUCUAUCACCAAAAAACUUAGACAAGUCUCAAUAGCUUAUGCGAAACUUGUGAUAGUCACAUUAAACGAUCACAUUGCUGCAGUGCAUCAUAAUAUGAAUAACAAUGCAACAGCAUUCUUUUAUUACGAGGAAACUUUGACAAUUUGGCAAGCAUCUGUUCCUCCUACUCAUUCCGACCGAGCUACAUCAUAUCACAGCAAGAAAAAUUAUUGCGAAGUCCUUUCUAGCUAUCAGAAAGUUCUUAAAAUUCAAUUAACAUUACUUCUUCCGACUCACCCUCAUUUAGCUUUAUCCUACGAUAACAUAGGCAAUCAUUAG